AUGGGAGGGAUCGCAUCCGAUAUAGAGAUGGCAGACGCCUGCGCUCCAUCCUCGUCCUCAUCCUCAUCCUCUGGCCUCUCCCCUCCGCCCACCUACAGCUCAGACUACGAGGGACUUUCCCAAAAAGCUGAGAAAGAUUCUUCCAAAGAGAUUGUCAAAGAGACUGUCGGCUCUCCCAAUGCGCGGGAAGACCCGGAAUCAGAAGCUAUCAACACACAACUUCCCGGCACAGAUCUGCCCAACAUGGCUCGACGUUCGGCGCGCAACUCGAGUAAGCCCAAGCCCGCGACUGCUUCCCCGCCAAAAGUCGCCAAGAGAAAACAGCCUACCAAAGUGGUACCCAAGAAGGGCCCAAAAUGGACAACGCAGAAGCUCUUGACGGAUCCCAAGUCGCCGCUUGCCAGCGCGGAUCUGAGAGCGAUACUCUGCCAGCCAGCGGCAUGGGACAUACUUACGAAGGAGGAGCGUGCCGAGAUCGUCAGCCUCUUCCCAGCCGGCACGCAUAUCAUCGACGCCGGCACCGACGAAGCCCGCCCGGAUUUUGACGCACUUCGCAAUAACAACAACUUUCGCCACGACUGUGCCACGUACGCCGACAACAUUUCCCAGGGCAGGCACGACCCUGAGUGGCUCGAGCAGGCGUGGGUUGCACGCGAGCGGCGGCGGGCGGGCGACUUUGACGACUAUGUCACGCAAAAGUUUGAGGAUGAGUGGUCGUGCAAGGUGCCAGAGGGCUUUAAGCCAAACAGAAGUGGCGAUGCACCAGGCCCCGCUGCGCCUGCGGAAGCUGGAAAGGCCCAUGUCGAGCAGACGGAGGAAAACACCGACCAGACAAAGGGAGAUGCUAUCGACAAGGUCCAGGUGGAAGCAGAAGCCAUCAAACAAGUGACGGACACGAAGGCUGCGGACACGACGGGUGACGCUAAUACGGCAAAGGAUAACGAUGCGAGAGAAGCACCGGGCGUCGCACUUGGGUCUCCUCUUCCUGAAGACAUCUCAUCAGCAAAGAUUGGCACAGCUGAUACCGAGAUCUCCCUCGAAGAGCAGGUGCCAGAAUCCUCGGAGGUGCCACUUGGAAGCGUUUCUCCUGACGAUUCAUCCCCAAUGGCCAAUCACCAAAACUCGAGCAAACAGACAGAGAAGCAGAAGGGAAAGAAGCCGGUAAUUACAGAAGGAAACUAA